AUGUCGAAGGAACCGGAAAUAAACGCGAACAAUUGGCCCAGUGCUGACCAACUAUCUGGAUUGUGGGUGCACUUGAUAGGAGAGCUAAGCAUCAGGACCUUACUGUAUUAUCAGGCUGCAAAAUGUCGAUGCUGGAUCGAACAAUUGUUGAGUGAGAAUAACAUGACCACCAGCACUUUGGUAUUCGACAAGGACUCUGGUGCACCAUAUCUAAAAUCGCAGCAUAAUGUGGAAAUGAUGGGAUUGAUUUGUUUGGAAGCUGACGGAUUUGAAAUCGUACUGAGUACACUGAGUGUUAUGUUGAAUCAGAUGAGAGAGGUGCCUCUGCUGAUUCAGAUAUGCACGAAGGAUCUGACUCAACCAGAGAUAGAGGGAUUAGCUACGCAGAUCUUAAGGCGUUGCCAGGAGCUCCUAAUGCCGAAUGUACUCCUGCUCUUGAGUGAUUUCUUUAUUACGAGUCAUAUUUAUGGCUAUCAAUAUUUUCCUGCAUUUCGCCUAACAUCGCACGCUUAUCGCUCUAAUUUGACGCUGUACCCCAACAAAUUGGAUAAUCUAUAUGGGCAUGUUUUGAGGGCACAGCCAGAUCUCUUGCGAUCGAACAUAUUUAUGUACAGGGAUGGAAAUGGAAAGCUGGUUUUAACCGGUGCACUCUGGCAUUUAGUGAAGGAGUUUGCUCGCCAUUUGAAUGCAUCACUUCAGUUUAGCUUUGAGCCAACUAAAGCCAAUACUUUUAAAACCAGCUAUUAUACAUUGAUUGGUCAUAUUGAAAAUAGGACUACGGAUAUAGCCUGCGGCCUUUUUGCGCCCGCCGUUGUUAAAAAUGACCACUUAUUCAGCUACCCAGUGUUUUCGCCUAGCUGGUGUAUCAUGUUGCCAGUAGAUCGUGUCGUGAGUCCUCAUGAAGCUAUUUUCGGACUGUUGGAAUCUCCCUUGAUGUGGAUAUGCCUAGGUAUUCUAUAUUUUUGUUUUCAUUGGCUUCAUGGAAGACGUAUACCUGGAAGACGGCUACUUCAACUGAUCCCCUUAUUAAUAAAGCUUUCGCUCAUUUGCUCUGUGGUGGCUCAACUCUCGGCACUAUUUAUUCACCCACAAAAAUUGAAUUCGAUUUCGAAUUGGGAGAAGUUGAGCGCAUCAGGCUUACAGAUAAAGGGAAUACGUGCCGAUUUCCAUUAUUACCCGGAGGAAUUGCGUAUAAAGUAUGCCUCGUCUUUUAUAUCAAUUGAAAACCAUACUUCAUUUCAACUCCAGCGCGAUAGUUUCAAUGUUUCUUUUGGCUAUACAGUAGUCCACUUAAAGUGGCGUAUAUAUGCGGAAAGGCAGAAACACUUCAAGCAACCCCUCUUUCGGUAUUCUAAAGAUUUGUGUUUUCGUCAAUUAUCAUUGCAAUCUCUUGCCUACCAAGAAAACUCCAUCUACCGCCAUGAACUAAACUUACAUAUUCUUUGGUUUCGCCAAAGCGGUCUUUUGCUGUAUUUGAAUGAUAAUACUUUCUAUGACAUGGUAGGCGCCGGCUAUUACAGCCUUAAGGACUUAAGUCAACAAUACGAGGUGGGUCCGCUUACUUGGUCCGACUGUAGUUUUAUUGGGGUGCUUUACGCAUACGCAAUUGGCAUAUCACUGCUGGUAUUUGUGCUUGAGUUGGUAGUUUACUAUAUCAAUGUUUGCUUGCACCUGCUGUAA